AUGCGGAUUGCGGAUGCCGGGCGGCGAGCCAGUGAAGCAAUUUGGCUGCAGACGACGCACGAAGCUGAAUGUAACCGCGAGCAAUUACAUGGAGCCGGCCCGGAGCUUAAGAGUCUUAGCGACGGAGGGGAUCAGAAGUCGGCACUGUACGCUCAAAGUCUGUUCCGGAAGGUGUGCACUGAAUUAUUUGGAGAAGCAGGAGUAGGUCACGUGGAUGUACUUAGUGUUCACGGCUCACAGGUAGUAGUGCGGCUAAGGCCUGAUUUCCUACGUUCCUUCAGAGCAGCAAUAGCUCUUUCUGCCAGGAGGAUUCACGUUUGCCGAGAAGCACCUUCACUACAGGCUUUGCUUUAA